AUGGCUCAGGUAUGGAAAAGAAAAUCCCAACAAAAGUUCGUCGUUGAAAAACAACCAAAUACUAUACCAAGAUGUUCCGACGAAACCAAGAUUUCAGACAAAAGCAAGAUUCUUCCUCAUGGUUGGAUUGAUUGUCAAGCAGUUGGUGACCUAAUUGAUAAUUACAUAAUCCCAUCCAAACUUCCUCUCGGAGAAUCCUUGCACAAAUUCAUCCAACCAAGUAAACCUUAUUCAUCAAGGCAAGUAAUCGAGCAACAAAGACUACUAAACAGAGAAUUAGGUCUGGUUAUCGAUUUGAUGAACAAAGGAGAAGAAUCCCACAACAAUUCGUCUUUGGAAUGGAAAGAGUUUGGUGUAAGGUAUGUCAAGAUUCCAUGUAAUGGAGUACCUGAUAAUAAGUCCGUCAAUGAUUUCGUGUACCAGGUGAUGCAAUUCAAUUACAAGUUCAAUUACGAUGAGACGCAGCCCAAGAAGUGUGUUCUUGUGCAUUCUGCUGAUGGGUAUAGCCGUACUGGUUAUAUGAUUGUGCAUUAUCUUAUACGGUCGCAUUUGAUGACUGUCACCGAGGCAAUGCAAUUGUUUCAUGAUGCACGGCCUCCAGGAAUUUAUAAAAAGGACU